AUGGGUGGAGUUUACUUAUCUAGUCCUAAUAAAAGUAAAGCUACAAUUGUUGAUGAAAGUAAAACCUUUAUUUAUGCAGCUUCAGGAAUGCAGGGUAUAAUCAUAUCUUAUAAUAACAUAGGAUGGAGAAGAUCAAUGGAAGAUGCUCACAUUCAUGUAUGUGAUUUAGUGCCAGAUGUUUCUGUAUUUGGUAUAUUUGAUGGACAUGGGGGUAAGGAGAUUGCCAUUUUUGUGGAAAGGCACUUUAUUGAAGAACUUUAAAGGAAUAAAAAUUUUAAAGAUCAAAAGUUUCAGGAGGCCUUGUAAGAGACAUUCUUAAAAAUGGAUGAGUUAAUACUUACACCAGAAGGCUAAAAAGAAAUUAAUUAAAUCAAAGGUGGAGAUGAAGAAGGUAAUUAUUAAUUAAUAAUAAUUUAAAAGUUAGUACUGCUGGGUGUACAGCUAAUGUUGCUCUCUUUCAUAAGAAUAUACUCUAUGUUGCUAAUACAGGUGAUUCCAGAUCUGUAUUAUGUCGAAAUAAUACUAAUUAUGAUAUGAGUCAUGAUCAUAAGCCUGAUAAUUACUUAGAGAAAUAAAGGAUUGAAAAAGCAAGAGGAUUUGUAUCUGAUGGAAGAAUUAAUGGUAUAUAUAUUUAAUAUUUAUAGGAAGCCUAAAUCUCUCACGUGCAUUAGGAGAUUUAGAAUAUAAGAAAGACAUUAGAUUAAAAUUGAAUGAACAAUUAUUAAUUGCUCAUCCAGAUAUCGAGAAAGUGGAAUUAACAUUAAAUGACUAGUAUUAAUUAUCUUAUUUUUAGAUUUCUAUUGAUGGGAUGUGAUGGUAUAUUUGAAACUCUUAGUCAUUAAGAUUUAAUCAAAUUUAUAAAUUAAAAACUUGAUGAUCAACCAGUUACUCCAUAUAUAUUAGGGAAAGUUGCUGAAGAUAUAUUAGAUCAUUUAAUAGCUCCAGAUAUAUCAAGUAUUUAUAAAUAUUAAAUAAUUAUAGCUGGAAUUGGUUGUGAUAAUAUGACAACCAUAAUCAUUUAUCUUAAAGGAAGAUGAAUAUUAUAAUCACAC